AUGGAUAACUCGGGGGCUCACGACCUUGUGCGCCGAGCACAGGGCGAUAUGCCGGCGAGCCUGAUCGCUUUUGUGGUCGUAAUGAGUUGCAUAUGUCUCACAAUCGUCAGUUUGCGCUUCUACGUUCGCAUACAAGUUAUUCGAAAUCUUGGCAACGAUGACUGGGCCGUGGCUGUUACGAUGUUGAUGCUGCUUGGGAGUGUCAUUGGUGUUGCUAUCGCUAUCGCGUUUGGCCUCGGCCGUCACGUCGUCGACGUUUCCGACUCGCACCUAUCUGUACUACUCACUCUCAUGUGGUUCUCUGGCCUGGGAUAUCACCUCACAAUUAUCAUCCUCAAGUGCGCAUUUAUCCUCCAAUACCGCCGCGCUUUUCCUCUCCCGGCUUUCCAGCGUAUAUGCGACAUAUUCCUCGGGUUCAUAGCGUGCUGGUUCGUGGCCUUUUUCAUCGCACCGAUCGUGAUCUGCCUGCCAGUCAGGAGCCAGUGGGAUCCGGAAAUCAUCGGACAGGACUUUUGCUCUUCGCGAUGGCAGGUAUGGCUAGCCCACGGCAUCAUUCACGUCAUCACGGACGUAGUCAUCUUUGCCAUGCCGCUCCCCCUGAUCAAGACGCUGCCCUUGACGAAGCCCCAAAAGAUCACGCUCACCGCCGUCUUCUGCCUGGGAUUCAUUACCUGCAUCAUCUCGGCCAUCCGCAUCAGCACCGUCCACCGCGGCCUCUUUGACGCCGACGCCAGCUGGGUCAUGGCCCGGACCGUCUACUGGUCCGUAGGCGAGAUUACGUGCGCCAUGCUGUGCCUCUGCAUCCCCGUCUUGCGGCCGCUGCUCGGCGGCCGAGCGAACCUGCGCCGCUGGCGGAGCGGAGCACAGGCCGAGGUUGUGGAGACGCGGGGCCAUGCGCACUUCACGCUCGAUUCGACGCAGACAUGGACGGCGCCGGCACCGUCUAAUCGAACGGCCAGUCGCGGUUCUGUGCGGAGUUCACGAGAUAUCGAGAUGAGGGAGAAUACGCAGGACCGACGGCAUGAGGCGGCGAAGCGCACGUCAGACCCUCCGACCACAGGGACAGAGUCCAGCGGGGCCGGUUCGACGUGGACAUCGGAUGACUCCCAUAAAAGGGCCGAUGGUAGUUGGCUGUGA